GCUCUGCAGCUCGCGAACUACAGCAUUUCCAUGACGACUCUCGAGGAGGUCUUCAUAACUUUGGGGGAGCAGGCGGAGCGUGAGGCUGCAGUAAGCUCGCCGAUGCGCGAUCGCGCGCGGGAGAACGUGGAUUUUAGAGAGAUCGAGGCCGACACAGAGGCAGGGACUCUGCGAUUGGAGACUUCGGAGACGCGAUCAGCCAAGGCCAUGAUGCGCUUGAGGUUACGCCUGGCAACAGCCAACCGCAGCGCCGUUUACAGCGUGCUCAUCCUACCGUCGAUCUUCAACAUCUUGACAUUCUCGUUGCGAG